CAUGGGCGGGGCCUCUGGCUCCUGGCAACGGCGUCGCGUCCCCAGCGACCAAGGCAGCCAUCACCCCCACGACAACCUCCUGUCUCUCUCCUCCUCCUCUUCCUCCUCUUCCUCCUCCUCUCUCUCCUCGCCUGUCUCUGUCUCUCUGUGUCUGCCCGUGCCAUGGAGUCCCUCCACGCGGACGAGUCGGCCCCACAGGAGGCAGCCUUGCCCCGGACCUGGUUCAAUCCCGGGACCGGGAGCGACGAUUUGGGACCCGGCUGGGCUGUGCAGUCUGCGGUGGGGCUUCGAGACGCGGCGAUCACCUUGGAUGAGUGGAGCCUCCUCAACCAGACGAGGCACGCCGAGACGCGCACCGCCGUGGAGCUGCCCGCGUGCGCGCGCACGGCCGCGAGCGCGCGGGUGGCGGAGGAGCGCGCGGGCGCCCACGCGCGCUACGCGGAGAGCACGCGGCGCCUCGGGGAGCGCCUGGCGCACGUGCACGCGUGGACGAGCGAACUGGAGCGCGAGAUCCACGAGGUGACGUCGGAGACGGAGCUGCUCGUGGAACAGAAGCGGCGCCUGGAACGAGCUCUGGACGCCACGGAGAUGCCCCUCGCGCUCUGCACGGACAACCUCCGCGCCCGCGAGCGCCGCCCGGGCCCCGAGCUCGUCCACGACGGGCCGCACGAGCAGCUCCUGCAGGAGGUGGAACUCAUCUCCAGCGUGCAGGCACUGCUUAGGCGAACCCUGGACAAAGUCAUAGAGCAGAUACGCUUGAACCGCGACGCGAAGCAGGACCUGGAGACGGACUGGUCGGACAAGCGCGAGGCGCACGCGGCGGACGUCGCGAGCGGGCACCUCAACAACCAAUCGGCAGACGCCGCGCGGCACGCGCACGCCGCCAGCGCGCACGAGAAGACAUUGACGGUGAGCGGCUGGGAGCAGCGGGCUGCGCGCGCCAACGUGGAGCGUGCGCGGCGCGAGCGCUCCGUGUCGGUGCGGCUGCGCGAGGUCGCGGGCCUCCUGCUGAGCGACGCGGCGCGCGACCUGCGCGACCGCAACGAGGGCGUGGGGCGGGCGCUCGAGCGGCGCGCCCGGGAGGUCAACGAGGUCAAGGUGGACCUCGAGCACCAGCUGAGCAAGGUCCUGGAGGAGACGUCGGCCCAGGAGAAGAGCGUGAAGGAGCUGGCGUCGGCCCUGCGUGACCUGGAGGCCCCACGCAGGGUCACCGAGACGCGGCUGCGGCUGCGUGGGACGCGGCCCUCCUCUGAGCUCUGCCACGACCCCGCGCACGAGAGCCUCCUGGAGGAGCUGGGAGAGCAGCACGCGCGCGCGGAGGCACUGCGGGGCGCGCUCGGGGAAGCGGAGGCUGCGCUGGACGCCUUGGGGGCGGCGAGGGCGCAGCUGCAGCACGAGCUGGCCAACAAGGCGGCCAGCAUCGCCACGGAGCGCCGGCGCUGCAUCCCGCCCCGAGCCGGCUUCCCCAGCGCCGUGCGCCUCUCCGGCUACUGAGGGGCCCUUCCUGCUCCUCCUCGCGCUCCGCGGUCGCCGCGUGUCACUAGUCGCGCGGGAUCAGUCGCCGGUGGAAGCGAAUUGGGAGCGGUGGACGAGUGGGUGGUGAAUUGGGUCCUUUGACACGCGCGUUGAACUUCUUUCGCAACCGUGUGUUAGCCGGCCGUGUGUUAGCCGGCCGUGGUAAUCGGAGGUGCGGGGGAAGGACAAGAAAAUAGAGGCAAAACAGCAAGGGAGUAAUGAUCAACUGAAGUAGGAUUAUCUACGUUCGUGAUACAAGCAAUACGUCGUGGAUGUCAGGAUCCAUGGCUGUAUUUACGAGGCGGAUUGAGACGGUAUAAUUGGGAUUUAAGAGAAUACAUGUGUUUAUCAAAUCGUGCCCCUUCCUCAUUUUAUUUUGUAUUGUUCCUAACAGUCUAAAUGUGGAAGCGAAUUGGUCAUAUUAUUUGUGAAUGCCUUAAUUGUUAACUAUCGAUUUUGAUGAUGCAUGAUUUGAUGGCAUGUUAAUAUUCAUCACUUAACAUGGAUUCUUAUGCUCAGAAUAGAUGCAUCAACUCAUGCAUGUCAGAACCCAUAUUCGAGGAUUUAUAAUUUAUUCACGUUCUUUGCUUACUUGCAUUAUGGCAGAAACAAGCCAG